AUGAUCCUCACCAACUCCAACGACCCAGAGCCCCAAGUGGAAAACGCCCCCAACGGUUCAUCCCCUCCACAACCCCGGAAGCGUCUCAACCAGGCCCAGCGUCGUCAAAUGUCCGCUCAGCUGAAUAUCGCCAUUGACCCUCGUGCUCAACUACCUGAUCCUUCAGGACCACAACCAACAGCUUAUCACCACCAGCAGACUGGCCCUAGAGCCCACCAGCCAAACCCGCCUCAUACGGGCAACCAGGUUCCGGUACAACUUCAGGGACAUGCCCAACCCAGACACCACCCUUCCCGCUCUUACCACGGCCCAGGCCCCCAGCAUUUGGACCUUAACACCUGGCGACAGCCUCUCAAUUCCGGUCCUAAUCCCGGCUCGGCCCACCACACUCCCCAAGGAUCCUUCGAUGGUCCAGUACCUAGAAAUCCCAGAGGGGGUGCGCUUUGGAACCCCGGCAGGCAACCCCAGGUCCGGCCGGAACAGCUCAAGGCACAAACCGACAUGCUUGAGGGUCUAUGCGCAACCAUCAUCGCGAAUGCCCAGAUCGAAUACGACGACAUCGUUAAGAACGAGACUUUUCGCCAAAAGAUCGAGGCACUUGCCCAGGCCGUCAUCACCCAGUACGAACAAUCUCAGAACGGCUUCCACGACUUUCCUCCCCAGAGCGUCCAGCUCCGGUGCUUCGGCAGUCUUGCUUCUGGGUUUGCUACCAAGGCCGCUGACAUGGAUUUGGGUCUCUUGUCGCCUCUCUCACGCCUGCAGCCAGAUGCUCCAGGCUCUCCAAUCCCCCGGCUAAUUGAAAAGGCGUUUCUCGAAGUUGGACUUGCCGCUCGCCUGCUUUCAAAGACCAGAGUGCCCAUCAUCAAAGUCUGCGAAAAGCCGCCAAAGAGCUUGUACGAUGAUUUGGUGGAGGAGCACCUGAAGAGGGAGAGGGAAAUGUCAGAUAAGGGAGAAGACGAAGAGAACGACGAUCCAGAGCAUGACUUAAAUGAUAUGCAAGAUCAGCCGAAGAAAAAACGCCAUGACGAAGAAGGCAACCAAGACGACAACGGUACAGAGAAGAAAGAGUUCAAACUCUACCAAGCCUUGAAUCAAACCCUAAACUCCUAUUACGGCACAACAAAAGGUUACUUGAGAAGUCUUGGCGGACGCGAUUUAACCAACUCAACAAUCAACAACUUUUCCCCAGCCGACUUCCAAAAGCUGAACCAAGUUUGCUUGGCAUUCGUAGAGGGGCUCGAGGAUCGCCAGCUGCGCGACCGUUUGUUCAGUUACAAUUCUCUGAAUCGCUACGAUCUUGAGUAUCGAGCCGACCAACCCCGCACUCUCCAGGGCGUGUACACGCAAGUCGAGGGCGAGCAGAUGGUGAUGAUGUGGGAGUCUCGUCACAUCACCGAAAAGGACGCCGACAAGGAAGCGCGAGGCCAGAUGUGCGUAAACAGGUGGAAGACCCUGCAAGACCAUCCCAACUGUAGCGCCGAUCCUCUGGGGUAUGACAGGGACCUGAAGCGGGCGGCUGAUCAACUGCGAGGGCUGCCUUCCAUCCAGCUCAUGCUAUUGUCGCAGGGGCAGUACGAGUCAACUGCGCAGUAUUGCGCCAGGGCGAAGGAGUUGGUGGAAGAAUUGGUUGGAAAUGACACUGCUGAUGAAAGGAGAGAGGCGAUCACCCUCAUCUCGCGCCGCUACAUCGACGGCAUCAAAGACGAGGCCAUACGGGAGGCAGUCAAGGAAUUCGCGGAAAGUGUUGGAUAUUCCGAUUUCCACGCGAUUGGAAAGAGACACAUGAGCUACCACCUCGCUCAUGACCUGGAGCAUUGUCUCGGGAGAAAUCUCUAUCCUAAGGAUACGGAAGACAAAAUCAGCUCGUACAUCGCUUUCCUCCGGGGACCUAUAGUGAGGUCCCCGGUCGAGCCCUUCGAGUGCGGCUUCGAGACCCCUCUGUCCCCAGACCUCAUCGAAACCAUUUCCCAGAUCCGCUCAAUCGGUGACCCAUCAACCAUGGGCCCUAACCAACCCCGCGAUCCCUACCGCGACCGCUUCGAGUUCCCCAAGUCCGGUGUAGGCAUCCAGUGCGACAUCAACUUCUCCGCCCACCUCGCCAUGCACAAUACUCACCUUCUUCGCUGCUACUCGUCCUGCGACCCGCGCGUCCGGCCCAUGGUUCUCUUCGUCAAGCACUGGGCCAAGGUUCGCGGCAUCAACUCCCCUUACCGCGGCACCCUCAGCAGCUACGGCUAUGUUAUGAUGGUGCUACAUUACCUAAUCAAUGUCGUCAAGCCCUUCGUCUGCCCAAACCUGCAACAGCUCGCCCCCCCUCUCCCACCUGACCUCACGGCAGAGCAGCUGAACGACGUGGCCUUUUGCAAAGGUAAGAACGUGCAUUUCUGGCGCGAUGACCAGGAGAUCCAGCGUCUGGCGGCCAUGGGCAUGAUCAACCAGAACCGGGACUCCAUCGGCCAUCUCCUCCGUGGGUUUUUCGAGUACUACGCCCAGAAUGGCUCGUUGUCUACACUGCCCGGCAGAGGCUUUGAUUGGGGCAGGGAUGUCAUCAGCCUUCGCACGCAGGGCGGAAUUCUCAGUAAGCAAGAAAAGGGGUGGACGGGCGCUAAGACGGUGUUGGAGUCGACGCCGGGUGUGCCGUCCACUGUUGCCCCGUCGGCGCAGCAGCCACAACAACAAGCAGCUGCUCCGCUUGCCGGUGGUGCUCCCCCUGGUAUGGCGCCUCCGCCAGGUCUCGCCCCUCCGCCAGGCUUCCCAGCACAUUCCCCUGUCCCUGCCCCUGUCCCUCCCGCUCCUACCACCGAAGAACCCACCCCGACGGGCCCUUUUACCGAGCAACAUCAACAGCCGAAACCGGAUGUGGAACUCAAAGAAGUCCGCUACCGCUACCUCUUUGCCAUCGAGGACCCCUUCGAGCUCGACCACAACGUCGCCCGCACUGUCACGCACAGCGGCAUCGUUGCUAUUCGGGACGAGUUCAGGAGGGCUUGGAGAAUCAUUAGGAAUGCUGGGAGGCUGCAGGUACAAGGACAGGGAUUCCAGGGACACCAGGGACAUCAGAUUGGAGGUGGAGAGGUGCCAGUGCUUGAAGAGGAAAACCUACUGGAGGAUGUGCUGGAGGCUGGAAAGAAGAAGCAGAGGGAAGAGUUUGAUGAGUUGUUGGAUGAGCUACAUGGAAGGGUUUGGAGAGGAGAGGCUGUUGGGGAGGCUCGGAGGGAGGAGGAUGGUGGUGGCGGUGGUGGUGAUGCUUGAUGGUGUAUUUGCAACGAUUGACGAAGGGUGUGUUGUGAAUGUUUGAUUUUAUCCAUAUGUAGUGGUUCUUGUGGAUAAUUGAAAACUUAUUUGUCCCGUC